AUGACGUGCUUUCCGCCCGACGAGCUCGUUGCCUACAUUCGGCACGAGUUGCACGGCGAGGAUGAGACGGGGCUCUGCGAUCGACUGUUCCCCAAACCCAUCAGGCGCGCGAAAUACGGCGGUCUACGCGCCGGCUUUCGAAUGGACACCGAGGAGGAAGACGACGAUCCCGACGAUUAUCUAGAAGAAGUGCCCGCGCAGGAGCCCGCCGGGACGUCGGAGAUGAUCGCCAAUCGCCUGAAGGCGAGGACCGGCGACUUGGAGAAGGCCGGACAGGUGGACGUGCUGCCGACGGCGAAAGUGUGGGAGGUGAUCGGGCUGUGCUGCCUGAUCUACCAUCGUGCUACAGGGAUAGUGUUGAGCGGCGAGCCGUCCGACUACGAGCUGUACAUUACUGACGACGGGGAAGUGGAGACCGAUUUUCCGCCGCUUGAGACCGCGCGUCGAAUUGGGGAUAUGGGAUUCAGCACCCUCGCUCUGAUCUCGCGGCAACGGAACGAGAAGCGAUAUCUGGUGCAUGUCUACUUCACCACCGGCGAGACGUACUCGUUCGAGUUGGAGCAUCUGGGGCAAACCGUGGGAUGGCUGAGGGAUCAAGCCGUACAGAGGAUGCUGGAGGACAUGGACGAGGAGGACAGGCAACGAGCCGAGAUUUUGCCCGAAUGGAAUGUGGAGUCGGCGAACGGCUUCGACUCGCGCCUCAACCCCGAGCAGACCAUCGAGAGCACCCACGCCAUCGACUUUGUGGUGUACAGGAAAAACAAAUUCCCCUCAUCGUAUGGCGGCAGCGGUGGGUCAGCCCCUCCAACUCCCUCCCCACGUCCAUCCCUUCCGCCCUCAUUUGCCCUAUUUGAAUGGGAACUCGAGCGCAUCCACAAAUACCAACCGAAACAUCCCGUCGUCUUUAAAAUCCGCUAUGACGGCAUCGAGAUGGGUGGCAAGGUGGAGGAGCGUCGAAGAUCGAUAAUGGGCCCCGGGCCAAGGGCCAAGUUCUACGUCAAUCAGCCAUGGAAAGCAUUCCAACUGCAAUGUGAGACGCUGGAAAUAGCCGAGGAAAUCGCGGCUCGAGUUGAUGGGGAGAUUCGAGAGCGCGAGCCGCCGGCUUAUAAGGCGUGGCAGCGCAGCGCGGAUGGGUCAAGGAAGCCAGCAAAUGCCGCAGAGUUGGCGCUGAUCGAGGAGGACGGGCCGAUGGCGACGCCGACAACGUCCUCAUCCCGUUCCAUCAAACGCCCAUCCCGACUGGCCGGCACGAUUCGCCGAAUGCUCAGCGUGCAGAAGGAC